AUGAGUGAAUCACAAGGGCUCUUGAGGCCACAAGAAGGAAAGAAUGAUAGAAGGACAAGCAGGUUCAAUCCACGCUCUGUUCUUUUGACUGCAGCUUCUUUAUUGAUUGUAUUCUCACUGUUGGGAUGUUAUCAGAUCUUUGGGACUUCAAAACCAACAAAGAAGAACAUCAUUUUCUUUGUUACUGAUGGUAUGGGUCCUGCUUCAUUAUCCCUUACAAGAAGCUUUAGACAAUAUAGAGAUAAUUUAACAAUUGAUGAUAUUUUAGAAUUGGAUAAAUAUUUGAUUGGUUCUUCAAGAACAAGAUCUUCAAGUUCUUUAAUAACAGAUUCUGCUGCUGGUGCUACUGCUUUCUCAUGUGCUAUGAAAUCUUAUAAUUCUGCUAUUGGUGUGGAUCCAGAUUCCAAUCCUUGUGGUACUGUUAUGGAAGCUUUAAAACUUGAAGGUUAUGCUACUGGUUUAGUUGUCACUACAAGAAUUACAGAUGCCACACCAGCGGCAUUCAGUGCUCAUACUUCCCUACGUAUUUAUGAAGAUUUAAUCGCUCAACAUCAAAUUGGUGAUUAUCCAUUAGGUAGAUCUGUUGAUUUAUUAAUUGGUGGUGGUAGAACUCAUUAUUAUUCUCCAAAUGAUCAUAAAUAUGGUAAUAAAGGUUCAAGACAAGAUGAUAGAAAUUUAAUUGAUGAAGCCAAGAAUCAAGGUUGGUCAUAUGUUGGAAAUAGAUCUGAAUUUGAUCAAUUAAACUUAGGUUCAAAUGUUCAAUUACCAUUAUUAGCUUUAUUAGAUGAUUAUGAUAUUCCAUUUGAUUUGGAUAGAGAUGAUGAAGUUCAUCCAUCAUUAGAAGAAGAAGCCUUGGUUGCAUUGAAUGCAUUAACAGAAGCUACUAAAGAUUCUGAUAAAGGGUUCUUCUUAUUAGUUGAAGGUUCAAGAAUUGAUCAUGCUGGUCAUAAUAAUGAUCCAGCUGCUCAAGUUCGUGAAGUUUUAGCAUUUGAUAAAGCUUUUAAAGCUGUUAAGGAUUUUGCUGAUAAAUCUGAUGUUGAAACUAUCUUGAUUAGUACUUCUGAUCAUGAAACUGGUGGAUUAGCAACUGCAAGACAAAUUUCUCCAAAUUAUCCAGAUUAUAUUUGGUAUCCUGAAGCUUUAUUAAAUGCUAAACAUUCUGGUGAAUAUUUAAAUAAAAAAAUUGCAAAUUAUGAUGGUAAAGAUUUGAAAAAUUUUAUAAUUGAAGAAAUUUUAACUAAAGAUUUAGGUAUUAAAGAUUUCACUGAUGAAGAAGUUGAAUCAUUAAUCUCUCAUAAGGCAAAUUCUCAUUAUAUUAUAAAUAAUAUCAUUUCAUUAAGAUCACAAACUGGUUGGUCAACUCAUGGUCAUAGUGCUGUUGAUGUAAACAUUUAUGCAUAUGCAAAUAAAAGAUCAACAAUGAUUAAAUUAUAUGAAACUUUAGGUGGGAAUCAUGAAAAUAUUGAAAUUGGUCAAUUUAUUGUGGAUUAUUUUAAUCUUGAUUUAGAUCAAGUUACUGAAUUAGUUAAAGAUACUCAACAUGAACCUAAAAAAUCUGUAAAAUCUGAUACACAAGGUUUAAACAUCGAAGAAGAAGCUAAUGAUCAUUAUCAUACUGGUGCUCAAAUAUAG